AUGCUACGCGCUGCAGUAACAGUAGAGAAUUUGGAAGGCUCCGAUUUCCCGUCUAGUGUCAAGCACAGAGUCUUAAAUCGCUUGGAGAAGGGCUAUACCAUGGCUCGUUAUCGAGUCAAAACGGGAGAAUUUACCGCCUACUUUACAAUAGGAGCAUUCAUCUCAGUUGCAAAUGUCCCUAUAGAAGACGUUUGGGAUCGGCUUUCGAAUUCAGGCAGUGAUCUUCAGGCCCUCGACAAACAGCUAGGCAACGUGGAUAUUACUUACUCGGCUUCUUGGCAGCUUGGAAGAACCAUGGCAAUUGCUGAUCAAUCCUUUGUCACUAGUCUCGGACUUGUGCGCAAGAACAUCUAUGACCUCGGGAUGUAUUACUACCAAUUGGAACUGCUGUCCGAGCGCUCUCGCUAG